UCACUUUUGGGAGGCUGGAAAUGCGCCACAGCUCAAACUGACAGGUGUUCAUCAUUUGGGAGCAGCAGGUGUUGAAAACGCGGAGAACAGAGGAGAAGCUCCCGUUUGACUGAAAAUAUCGCAUUUAAAAACAAGAUUCAUAUAAAUAUAUUACGCAAAACAGUACAGCAAUGAUCUUAAUCAGUUUGAAGCUGAUUGUGCUCCUCGUGCUCCUCCUGGGCCUCUCGCGGCUCCAUGUUGAAGGGAUGUGCAGCGUUGAGCAUUGCACUAACGGCACCAGAUGCGUUUUGUCUCAAGACCGAAUGAGCUGCAGAUGUGCUGUUGGAUAUUAUGCUGAACACUGUGACAAAAAUGCACAUAUCAAAGUGAUGUGUGGCAGAGACUACAUAACCAUCAGAGUGGUAGAAGAUUUCUUUCAGUAUCACAACGUGCCGCUGGAGUCCUUGCACUUGCCCAACAAGUCCUGUCGAGCCCAGAGAGAGGUCAUCGACGGCGUGCCGUACUACAUGUCCAGGAUCUCUAAAGAGAAAUAUCUCACCUGUGGAGGCCGGCCGCUGGAGCAAAACUUUACUCACAUGUUCUAUUCCCUGAGUCUGCUGUCAGAGCCUCAGGUCAACGGGAACAUCAUCAGAGAGCCAGUCAUUAGGAUGGAAUACAAAUGUGUCUAUCCAUACAUCAGAAGAGUCAGUCUGCCUUUCCCAGUCGUCCCGCUCUCCAGUGAGACGGUGAUGCGUGUAGAUGACCUGGAUGCCACCAUCCAGAUGAUGCUCUACACAGACCGCUCCUACUCCAAGGCCUUCAGUAGCGCUCCCACCAUUGAACUACGAGACAAGGUGUAUGUGGAGGUGACGGUCACUGAGCCCACAGAUUUCUUCCUGCUCCGGGUUAACGAGUGCUGGGCCACACAGUCGGCUCAGCCCAACACCACGGAGGGAUCCAUCCACACUCUGCUCCAGAACGGGUGUGUCAAUGACCACACUGUUUCCUUCAUUAACGUGAGCGCGGGACACUCUGGCCGUAACGGAGAGACUUCCACGGUUCGCUACAGCUUCGACAUGUUUCGCUUCACAGCAGAACCUCACCAGCUCUACCUGCACUGCACCGUCCAGCUGUGUGAGCCAGACGACCACAAGUCCUGCACACCUAUCUGUAAUUCAAUCAGUAAGAGGGAAGCGGUGAGAGCGGACCCUGCUCUGGGCCUCCUGUCUUAUGGACCCAUCAGGAUUGAAAUACCAGACAGAACUCAGUCCAGCGUCCUGGCCGUGGUGCUGCUGCCUGUGGCAGCUGUGUGGACUGUGGGCUUCUUCCUCAUCAUCCUCAUCACUGUGGCCAAGGCAGGCAGCAGGAGGCUCACAGCGACCGAGGAGCACUGACCACCACAUCGCUGCUAGUAGCAGCUUCAAUAAAACUUUGAAAAGCG